AUGUGGAAGUGUGAUGAAGGACAUAUUCGUAUUUCACCAGCACCCAUCAAUCCAUUUUUUCCAGUUAAUGGAACAAGAGAUUUUGAUGGUCCAUAUUUUACAGUAAACACUAAUUUAGUAGGUGAAAUGUCAGCAUUUUUUACAAUGAAAAAUAAGUUGAUAAAUUGUGUUCAUCCUGAUGAACCUUGUCAACAUUAUUGGGCUAAUAUGAGUUUAUGUGACAAAAGGAAACACCAAUAUGAAGAGCUUAUUAUAUCAUGGCUAACUUUGUUAAUAUUUGAGGUCACUGGAGAUGUGGAUAGUUAUAAUUCAUCUGAGCAUUUAAAUUUUCCUUUGAACCUCAAUUAUAACAAUGAUGGAAUAGGUUCAAUUAGAUAUAAUUUAACAGCAAGGGCAUUUAGUACAACAUCAAGUGGAACUCACUUUUAUGCUAAAAUAAUUCACAACAAUGUUGUUUAUAGAUAUUAUGACUUAAAAAGUCAAGGAGUUGUGUCAAUUGAAUCAAAAGAUCCAAAUUCACUUUCUGGGAAACAUUCUAAUUCUGUCUUGGUUGCUUAUGAUUUAUGUGAAGAAGAGGCAUCUACUAGGUUUUCUAAUAAUUGCAUAGAAAUCUUUUUAGAAAAAUUGUCAAAUUUUGAAAUUGAAAUUCCCAAAGAAAAAUCUACAUCAGCAAUUUAUUCACCCCCAUUUCCCAACCAAGAGUUGACCACAAAUGAUUACCUUAAACAUUUAAUAUCAAGUAUGGGAUUACCGCAAUUAUUUUUGGACGAUUUGGAACAUUGGUCAAAGACUGUGAGAGCAUGUGCAGGAAAACUUAAUGAUAAACCAAAUGUUUUAAAUCUAGAUUUACCUUCAUCAAAAAUGUCCAUAUUACGUGAUCAACUAAUUUCGCGUCUACAAUUUAUUCAAUGGAUAGCAAAUUUUGAGGUUCCCUUUUUUACAUCAACGGCUCAAACCGACAUAAUUUGGAAUUGUUUGAUAGCUAAUGCAAUAGGAAAAAAGGAACAAGACGAGGCAUUUGCUUCCCUGGACAAUAUACUAGAAUAUGAUUAUUUCACUGAGCAUUUUUUUAACAAUCGUUUCGCUGAAUUGGAUGUUCGGUUCAUGUCUGAUCAAGCAUUUAAAUAUGCUAAAAACUGUUUGUUAAAAGUUAAUGCUAAAAACGGAAGGUUACUUCAACUUGGCAUUCUAAUACAAGGUGAUCUUACAGGAAUUGAUCUUAUUUGGGAUAUUGCACUUCGUGCAGAAGAAGAAGCUGACCGUUUAUCAAAUUCUUCUAUUUCUAUCCCUGAAAAGGCUAAUUGUUCUAUCAAUUUAAAAUAA